GGCCUGCACACUGCCUGUGUCCUGAGGGCCAGUCUCCCAGGCAGGGUGGCUGCCUGGUGAGAGUUGAGGGCAGUUGGGAGUGGGUAGGAGUGAGGCCAAAAGCCUGGGGGAAGCUACUGGGAGCCAGGCCAGGGAAUGGGGAGGCAGGAAGUGGGGAGGGGAAGCCUGAGGGGGAUGGAGGCGGAAUGGCUGUUCCCAGCCCUGGGGGAGAGGGGGGGAACUCCGGAAGGGAGAGCCUGGAGGAGAUAAGGGACGUCAGAAAAGAGGAGGUGCCACCCUGAGUCCCCCUUCUAUAAAAGGAAAAGUGUAGCUUCUGCCUUGCCCCUUCCCCCUCCAGGUGCCCAUUCUAAGCUGACUCAGCCUACCUUUGGGCAGUCACUUCCCUGACGCUGGAUGCUGCGGCCCCAUCUCCCUGCUUUCGGUACUCCAGCUGCUUGGUCCUGUCUUGCCAGUGUCAGGCCACUUCCUCUCUGCUCACCUCUGGGUGCUUCCUUCCCUGCCCCCACCCUUUCCGGCAGUUCACUCAGGCUGCUCAGCCCUGGAAGCCGUCUCUGGGAGCAGAGGGCAGCUGGGGGGGGGCCUGAGGAAAGGGGGCCAGAACCCUCCUGGGACCUAGGCCCUCGCUGUGCGUCAGCCAGGCCUUCCCUGACUUCCAGCCUCUGGGGGCCUGUCCACCAAACGGGGGAAGAGACUGAGAGCUGGCUGUAGGAUUGGGGAAAGACAUGUCAUCAGCUGGCCCAGGGCCUGUGGCCCAUCCCCCAUCCGGCUGUUAGGGAUCCCCCUCCCCUGGGCAAGUCCCAUUUUUCUUUAAAGAAAAACAAAAACUAGGGUUUUUGGGAAAGAAUGAGACACCAUCUGAGUCCCACCAUCAGCUGCUGGCUGAAUGGCUUACAGCUCAGCCAAUCACAGAGACCGGGGACACUUAAAAGAGCUGGCGGGGAGGUCUGCUAGGAACCUCAGGGAGACCCACAGGACAGACGGAGGCAGACAGACAGACCGAGGCCGAGGGAAGCAGGGUCUGGGGCCGGGAGAGGCAGGACGCGGGAGAGGAGGGUGUGCAGCAGCUGGCCACGAGGCACCGUUCUCAGGCCCAGGGUCGGUUUUCUCCAUCUCCCGGAAGGCCCCCGGCCCCUGAGCCUCUGCUCUGACCCGCGGGAGCUCUCAGGCGGCAGUCCUCCCAGCUUCAGCAUCCGCCAUGUGCCCGACCGACCCGCUCUCCAGGAGGGGCUGGGCAGGCUGCUGGCUGUGGGGAGCCCCGUCCCGUCGGCUCCGCACCCUGCUCCUGCUGCUGGCCUCCCUCCUGCCCUCCGCCAGGCCAGCGAGCCCCCUCCCCCGGGAGGAGGAGAUCGUGUUUCCAGAGAAGCUCAACGGCAGCGCCCUGCCUGGCUCGGGCACCCCCGCCAGGCUGUGGUACCGCUUGCCCGCCUUCGGGGAGAUGCUGCUGUUAGAGCUGGAGCAAGACCCGGGCGUGCGGGUGGAGGGGCUGACGGUGCAGUACCUGGGCCCGGCGCCCGAGCUGCUGGGUGGGGCGGAGCCGGGCACGUACCUCACCGGCACCAUCAACGGAGACCCCGAGUCGGUGGCAUCUCUGCACUGGGACGAGGGAGCUCUGUUAGGGGUGCUGCAGUAUCGGGGGACCGAACUCCACAUCCAGCCCCUGGAGGGAGGGGUCCCUAAUUCCGCUGGGGGGCCUGAGGCUCAUGUCCUGCGACGGAAGAGUGCUGCCGGCGGCCAGGGCCCCAUGUGCAGCGUCAAGGCGCCUCCCAAGAACCCCAAGCCCAGCCCCCGAAGAGCCAAGCGCUUUGCUUCCCUGAGUAGAUUUGUGGAGACCCUGGUGGUGGCGGACAGCACGAUGGCAGCGUUUCAUGGCGCAGGGCUGAAGCGCUACCUGCUCACAGUCAUGGCCGCUGCGGCCAAGGCCUUCAAGCACCCGAGCAUCCGCAACCCUGUCAGCCUGGUGGUGACACGGCUGGUGGUGCUGGGGCCAGGCCAGGAAGGGCCCCCGGUGGGGCCCAGUGCCGCCCAGACCCUGCACCACUUCUGUGCUUGGCAGCGAGGGCUCAACACCCCAGAGGACUCGGACCCAGAUCACUUUGACACAGCCAUUCUGUUUACCCGUCAGGACCUGUGUGGGCUCUCCACCUGUGACACCCUGGGCAUGGCCGACGUGGGCACCGUGUGCGACCCUGCUCGGAGCUGUGCUAUCGUGGAGGAUGACGGGCUCCAGUCGGCCUUCACUGCUGCUCACGAACUGGGCCACGUCUUCAACAUGCUCCAUGACAACUCAAAGCCGUGCGUGGGCCUCAACGGGCCUGGGAGCACCUCCCGCCAUGUCAUGGCUCCUGUGAUGGCUCACGUGGAUCCUGAGGAGCCCUGGUCCCCCUGCAGCGCCCGCUUCAUCACGGACUUCCUAGACAACGGCUACGGGCACUGUCUCUUAGACAAGCCAGAGGCUCCCCUGCACCUGCCUGUGACUUUCCCUGGCAAAGACUAUGACGCUGACCGCCAGUGCCAGCUGACCUUCGGGCCUGACUCACACCACUGUCCACAGCUGCCACCGCCCUGUGCUGCCCUCUGGUGCUCUGGUCAUCUCAAUGGUCACGCCAUGUGCCAGACCAAGCAUUCGCCCUGGGCCGACGGCACCCCGUGUGGGCCCGCACAGGCCUGUAUGGGUGGCCGCUGCCUCCAUGUGGACCAACUCCAGGACUUCAAGGUCCCACAGGCCGGCGGCUGGGGUCCCUGGGGGUCCUGGGGCGGCUGCUCUCGGAGCUGCGGGGGCGGCGUCCAGUUCUCCUCCCGGGACUGCUCGCAGCCCAUCCCCCGGAACGGCGGCAAGUACUGUGAGGGCCGCCGCACCCGCUUCCGAUCCUGCAGCACGCAGGACUGCCCCGCAGGCUCAGCACUGACCUUCCGAGAAGAGCAGUGUGCUGCCUACAACCACCGCCCCGACCUCUUCAAGAGCUUCCCUGGGCCCAUGGACUGGGUCCCUCGCUACGCUGGUGUGGCUGCCCGUGACCAGUGCAAGCUCACCUGCCAGGCCCGGGCUCUGGGCUAUUACUACGUGCUGGAGCCGCGGGUGGUAGAUGGGACCCCCUGUUCCCCAGACAGCACCUCGGUCUGUGUUCAAGGCCGCUGCAUCCAUGCCGGCUGUGACCGUGUCAUUGGCUCCAAAAGAAAAUUUGACAAGUGCAUGGUGUGCGGCGGGGACGGCUCUGGCUGCAGCAAGCAGUCUGGCUCCUUCAGAAAGUUCAGGUACGGCUACAACAGCGUGGUCACCAUUCCAGCCGGGGCCACCCACAUCCUGGUGCGGCAGCAGGAGGCCCCAGGGGUGCGGGGCCUCUACCUGGCCCUGAGACUCCCCAACGGCUCCUACGCCCUCAAUGGUGAAUACACACUGACGCCCUCCUCCACCGACGUGGUGCUGCCAGGGCCUGUCAGCCUGCGCUACAGCGGGGCCACAGCAGCCGCCGAGACGCUGGCCGGCCACGGGCCCCUGGCCCAGCCCUUAACGCUGCAGGUCCUGAUGGCCGGUGACCCCCAGAAUGCCCGUGUCCGGUACAGUUUCUUCGUGCCCCUGCCGGCCCCUCCACCGCAGCCUGCUCCCCGGGACUGGCUGCACCGGAAGGCGCAGAUCCUAGAGGUGCUGCGGCGGCGCCCCUGGACCGGCAAGAAAUAGCCUCGCCUCCCGGCGCCCUGGCGCCGCCACACUGAGCGGGGAGAAGGGGCUUCGAAGGAGCCUCGUGCUGGACACGGGAGGAGGGUGUGCCCCCCAGCAAGGAUGUGCAGGCCGGCCCUGCUGCUCCUGCCCUGGAGGCAGCCACGGCGUGUAAGGGCUGGGAGACAGUCUGGUCUAAACUGCCCCUCAGCCCUGAGGGGAGGCAGGGUGCCUGUUGUAUUUAUUUAGUAUUUAUUCACUUUUAUUUAGCACCAAGGAAGGGGCUCUGUGGAAACUGCCCCUCUGCCCCUCAUGGCCCCACUCUGGCCAGGAAAUCUGGGGUGGGGUGAUAAGCCCAGUGGUGAGCGUGCGCGUGUGCGCACGCACGUGUAUGUGUGUGUGUAUAAGAAGAUGUGCGUGUGUCUGUGCAUGAGGUGCAGCCUGCCCUGCCCUCCUUUCCUGAGAGCUAUUUUCUGGGAAAGGACGCGGCGGGGGGGACAGGGCCUCAGGGGUCCGGGUUGCCAUGUUUUUAAAUGUAAAUUGAAUUCUGUUAUUUAUGUGCCCCCUUUGGAGUCAGACAGAUACAGGCUGCACUCUGGCUCCACAUCCUGAACACGUGUCCCCAAUUGCCAAUCAUAACCCCUCCCGGAGGGCUGUGGCCGGGCGGGAGUGACAUGAAUAAAGAACCCUCUGCCCUGG